CCUCUCGGUGUCUCCCGAGGCUCCCGGUAGACGAACCUGUCCACCCAGGUCACCCCUGAUGGGCAGGCACUGUGUCCCGAGAAGAGGCAGGAUGCAGCUGACGAAUGCUUACUGUUAAAUUCCUGGGCCAGGCCUUAGGGGAUCAGGGAGACCUUCCAGCAUUCUCUGCAAGCGUUUUAUUGAUUAGCCACGGAGCAGGAGAGAACCGCGGUCAGCGCCCGGGUCACGACUUUAUCACUCUUAGCCAUCAUUUGCAGUUGAAGUGCUGACAGUCCGGCAAUGAAAGAUGAUUGAGGAAGGUGGAAACAAGCGGAAGACCAUGGCGGAGAAGAGGCAGCUCUUCAUAGAAAUGCGUGCUCAGAAUUUUGAUGUCAUACGACUAUCAACGUACAGAACAGCUUGCAAGUUACGAUUUGUACAGAAGCGAUGCAACCUUCAUCUUGUUGAUAUCUGGAACAUGAUUGAAGCUUUCCGAGACAAUGGCCUUAACACACUGGACCACACCACAGAGAUCAGCGUGUCCCGCCUGGAGACCGUCAUCUCGUCCAUCUACUAUCAGUUGAAUAAGCGCCUUCCUUCAACUCACCAAAUCAGCGUGGAGCAGUCCAUCAGUCUUCUCCUCAACUUCAUGAUCGCCGCCUACGACAGUGAGGGCCGAGGCAAGCUGACCGUGUUUUCAGUUAAAGCCAUGUUAGCAACCAUGUGUGGUGGAAAAAUGCUGGACAAAUUGAGAUACAUUUUCUCACAGAUGUCAGAUUCCAAUGGCUUGAUGAUGUUUGGCAAGCUUGACCAGUUUCUGAAGGAAGCCCUGAAGCUCCCAACAGCUGUCUUUGAAGGGCCAUCCUUUGGUUACACAGAACACGCAGUUCGUACCUGUUUUCCACAGCAGAAGAAGAUAAUGCUGAAUAUGUUUUUAGACACCAUGAUGGCCGAUCCUCCUCCUCAGUGCCUUGUCUGGCUACCUCUCAUGCACAGGCUUGCCCAUGUUGAGAAUGUCUUCCAUCCUGUGGAAUGUUCCUACUGUCACUGCGAGAGCAUGAUGGGCUUCCGAUACCGGUGCCAGCAGUGCCACAACUACCAGCUCUGCCAGAACUGCUUUUGGCGUGGCCAUGCCAGUGGCGCUCACAGCAACCAGCACCAGAUGAAGGAGCAUUCCUCUUGGAAAUCCCCUGCAAAGAAGCUGAGCCAUGCAAUUAGUAAAUCUUUGGGAUGUGUACCCUCCAGAGAACCCCCACAUCCUGUUUUUCCUGAGCAACCAGAGAAACCACUUGACCUUGCACAUAUAGUUCCUCCUCGCCCUCUGACCAAUAUGAAUGACACCGUGCUUAGCCACAUGUCCUCUGGAGUGCCCACUCCCACCAAGAGGUUACAGUAUAGCCAAGACAUGCCCAAUCUCUUGGCCGAUGAGCAUGCGCUGAUAGCCUCCUAUGUGGCUCGUCUGCAACACUGCACACGUGUCCUGGACAGUCCUAGCCGACUGGAUGAGGAACACCGGCUGAUAGCCCGCUAUGCUGCCCGGCUGGCUGCAGAGGCAGGAAACAUGACUCAUCCUCCCACUGAUGCCAGCUUCAACUUUGAUGCCAACAAACAACAGAGACAGCUCAUUGCAGAACUGGAGAACAAGAACAGAGAGAUCCUUCAGGAGAUCCAGCGCCUGCGGCUGGAGCACGAACAGGCUUCCCAGCCCACUCCUGAGAAGGCCCAGCAGAACCCCACGCUGCUAGCAGAGCUGCGCCUGCUGAGGCAAAGGAAAGAUGAGCUAGAGCAGAGGAUGUCAGCGCUGCAGGAGAGUAGGCGGGAACUGAUGGUGCAGCUGGAGGGGCUGAUGAAGCUGCUAAAGCUUGGUCCUGGUAUUUGGUUUAUUUUACAUGGACAGACAUGUUUCUGCAUAGAUCCUGUUACACAUUUCCUCUCAGAAAUGUAUUAUGUACAGGAGGAAGAGCAAAAACAGGCAGCUCAAGCCACAGGGUCACCACAUACAUCACCCACCCACGGAGGUGGCCGCCCUAUGCCCAUGCCUGUGCGUUCCACAUCUGCUGGCUCCACCCCGACCCACGGCCCACAGGAUUCCUUGAGUGGAGUUGGGGGAGACGUUCAGGAGGCCUUUGCACAAGGUACAAGGAGAAACCUCCGCAAUGAUCUGCUGGUGGCUGCUGACUCCAUCACCAACACCAUGUCCUCCCUGGUGAAGGAGCUCCAUUCAGGAGAGAUUACACAUGUGUCCUGAUUGGCUUUCCCAGCUAAGGUUAGCCCAGGAGCGGCCGGGACACGGGAAGCGCAGGUGCAGAGGCGGAGGAGCAAGCUGGCACCGAGACCAGGGGAAGGUCUUCCCCCAGAGGCACAUUCCUAUCCAUCUUUCUGCUGCACACCUGGACCAGGCUUACAGGCUGCCAGACUCAUUCAACCUCCAGAGAGAGGAGCCAAGCCUAUGGGAAAUGGGGAGGGACUGCCUGAGGCCACAGCUGGUGGGCCUCCUGCAUGUGCUGGCAUCUGCAUCCCUCCCUCAGGGCAUGGUCUCAUCUCUGCAUCAGGAAUUUACCAGGAGAUGGAAAAGAAAAGAAAAAA